AUUCUGGCAUAAAGAAAGACUACUCUUUGAUAGCAAGAAAAGACCUAAAUUCACAAAUAAAAUAAAUAGCGAGGUUUUUAUUUCAAACUUGUAGUGCAUGUCCGAUCUUUAUUAGUAGCAGAACUAAUAAAAAACUUAAAAAUAGUAGUCGUUGCUUGCAAGUCGCUUCAUUUGUGCAAAUGUCCGGUUACGCAUAAUUUUGUAUAUCUACAACAAUGGAUACAAAUAUUAUCAAUUGGACUAACAAAGACGUAGUCGAUUUCUUACACAAAGAAAAGAUAUCUGUCUGUGUUACCGAAAUUUGUAGAUUGCACGAUAUAGAUGGACAAUGCCUGCUUUCUUUCGUAGAUCGAGAUUUCUACGAAUAUCCCUUCGAUCAGAUGAUAUUAGGCGACAGAAAACGAUUUAUACUACUUGUAAAAAAGUUACAAAGGAAUAAUCGUAGUGCUAUGUGUGAACUUGGUUUAUAUGAAGAUCAGUUGCUCGCAAAUGCAUCAACAAACAUUAAUUUUCUCGGUACUAAUCUUUCACAUUUAAGUUAUAAUCUCCACAAUAAAAUACCACAAGAAUUCUAUGGACACAAUCGAGAAUUCAUUUCCAAUUUCACUCCUGAUGUGAAAGCUUCCAAAUUGAAACCAGAGGUGUGGAAAACAGCAAUAGCAUUAGGUUAUGUCUUCUUGGUCACCUGGGUGACAGCUGUUGUGAUGGUAAUUGUGCAUGACAAAGUGCCUGAUAUGAAAAAAUAUCCACCACUUCCAGAUCUGUUCCUCGACAAUGUACCACACAUUCCUUGGGCAUUUGAUAUGUGUGAAAUCACAGGUUCCCUCCUCAUGGCAAUAUGGCUAGCUGUAUUAUUCUUUCACAAACAUAGGUUUAUAAUAUUGAGGCGGUUCUUUGCGCUGGCGGGCACAGUGUUCCUGCUGCGCUGCUUCACGAUGUUAAUAACGUCACUAUCGGUACCGGGGUCACAUCUCAAGUGCGAGCCUCGCUCAUACCCGCCCGCCGACGACCUCACCGUGUGGGGCCGCCGUCUGCGGCAGGCCUACGAUAUAUGGAGCGGUGCGGGCAUGUCGGUGCGAGGUGUACGCACGUGCGGCGACUACAUGUUCUCCGGACACACUGUUGCGCUCACUCUACUCAAUUUCUUCAUCACUGAAUAUACGCCGCGCAACUUGUACCUGCUGCACAUUUUAACCUGGGUGAUGAACAUGUUCGGAAUAUUCUUCAUCUUAGCGGCCCACGAGCACUACUCCAUCGAUGUAUUCAUAGCGUUCUACAUCACCUCGCGACUCUUCCUUUAUUAUCAUACGCUCUCUAACAACCAAGCGCUGAUGCAGAACGACUCCUCUAGGACAAGAAUAUGGUUCCCAUUACUAUCAUUCUUUGAAUCGGAGGUGGACGGUAUCGUGCCAAACGAAUACGAAGGGCCUGUUACAAUAUUGGCCAAUUUAAAGCAGUGGUGUAUGCAGCUCGUCUCCGAUGUCAAACAAUCUUCUGUGGCCAAGAUCGCUGGGACUAAACUACAAGAAGGUGCUGCUAUGGGUGAAUACUCUGUCGUAAAAUUAGUCGACGGUAUCAAAAAGAAUCUUAGUUUGAUUGAAGAAUAUAGAAAUACCAAUCCACGAUUGGUUACCUUGGACAAAAAUAUUCAAGCUGGCAUGCUGGACGAGCAAAUAGAAAAUGAUAUACGCCACAAGAACAUACCCGCGGAAUCACUCCUCAAGGAUUUAAGUAAUCCCCCCUCGCCAACUUUGAAGAAAAAUAUAUGAAGAUGAUAAUACUAUGUUUUAUAGAUUAGAGGCUAUUUAAAAUGAAAAACAUGUUUGUAGUUGUAUUUGUACAAUGAAAUUAGAUACCUGAUGUUUUACAUUUCCAUUAUAGAUUUUAUAACGUGUUAUUCCAUAAUUAUUUAUUUUAACAAGUAAGUUAAACAUUUAAAAAUUAUUAAGGAGAUUUAUUUGCUCAAAUAUAAUCAAAUACG